CAAGACUGACGCUGAAAGAGUUGGCCAGCUUGCACCAUCGACGUGACACGCAUCCAGUAUACCCUUUGCGCCGGCACGCGAGCCAACCCAUGCAGCAAGCCGUCUGCUGAACCGAUCAUAGCCUCGACGUCGGGUACCUCCCAAUCACACUAUGUCUUAUGCAUUGCCUCGCACAGGCCCCGAUGCCGGAAGAUCACGGUUUCAAUCUCAGGAUGUUUCGACAGGCAGCGCAGGAGUGGCCGAGAAGAUAGGAGGCAUGUUUGGCGAUAGAAGACCCUCAUUACCAAUGUACAAGGACAAGCCGUUCGCUGGCUCAUCUCGCAGAGUCCCCUGGUUCAGACGGAAACGCACACUCGCCGCUCUGCUGCUUUCCUUCACCACCUUCUUGUACUGGAUGGGCAUGUUCGCUGGAGGCGCUCCUAGUGUCAUCAGGUCAAAGAAAGUCGCAAACUGGGAAGACCGACGGGAUCAAGUAAGAGAUGCUUUCAAGCUGAGUUGGGCUGCAUACGAACAACACGGCUGGGGCUACGAUGAAUUCAAGCCCGUCUCUCAGACAGGCCGCCACAUGGUCAAGGGUGGCAUGGGUUGGAUCAUAGUAGAUGCUCUUGACACUCUCAUGCUCAUGAACCUCACUACCGAACUCUCGCACGCUAGAGACUGGGUCUCUACCACCCUGGAGUAUGACAUUGACCACGAUGUAAACACCUUCGAAACAACCAUUCGCAUGCUUGGUGGUUUGCUAUCCGCUCACUACAUUUCCACCACCUUCCCCGACUACGCUCCUUUGACCACUCACUCUGCCACUGGUGCUAAAAUCAGCGAGGAUCUGUACUUGGAGAAGGCUGCCGAUCUCGCCGAUCGUCUUCUCGGCGCAUACGACUCGAACUCUGGUGUUCCAUACGCCAGCGUCAAUCUUCACUCGGGAAAGGGUAUUCCCUCUCAUGAUGAUGGAGGUGCUUCUUCUACCGCCGAAGCAACCAGUCUCCAACUCGAGAUGAAGUACCUAGCCAAGUUGACUGGAGAGGUGCAUUACUGGGAAAAGGCCGAGAAGGUCAUGCAAGUCGUUGACGACAAUGGUAUGGAGGAUGGCCUCCUACCCAUCUUCAUCUAUGCCCAGACCGGUAACUUCAGAGGAAACAACAUUAGACUGGGUAGCCGUGGCGACUCUUACUACGAAUACCUCAUCAAGCAGUAUCUGCAGACUUCAAAGCAGGAGCCUGUCUACGAAGAGAUGUGGGAUCAGUCUCUUGCUGGUAUCCAGAAGCAUCUGAUCACUUACUCUCAAAAGGCCAAUCUUACCAUCCUCGGAGAACGUCCUCAAGGUCUUGACCAACCCAUUUCUCCGAAAAUGGAUCAUUUGGUCUGUUUCAUGCCAGGAACCAUCGCUUUGGGUGCAACUCAGGGUAAGACUUUGGCAGAAGCCAAGAAGUCGCCCACAUGGGGCAAGAAGCAAGAAGGCGAGAUUGAGCUCGCCAGACAACUCAUGAAGACCUGCUGGGCCACAUACAAGGUUACCGCUACCGGUCUUGCUGGAGAAAUCACUCAUUUCGAAAUCCACGAUCCUCCUGCCAUGAUGCCCGACGGCAUUCUCUCAUCGCCAGAGACUCUUCCCGAAGACGCGGACGCAGAGUGGAAGAAAGACCUGAUCGUCAAGAGUGCCGAUGCUCACAACCUCCAACGUCCAGAGACUGUCGAGAGUUUGUUCUACAUGUGGCGCAUUACCGGCGACGACAUUUACAGAGAGUGGGGCUGGGAAAUGUUCGAGUCUUUCGUCAAGCACACUGCUGUUGAUCACAAUGGCGGUUACACGAGUAUCAACGAUGUCAACGAUGUUCCUACAUCUGCAAGAGACAACAUGGAAAGUUUCUGGCUGGCCGAAACACUAAAAUACUUCUACCUCCUCUUCGGCCCCAACGACGUCCUACCCCUAGACAAAGUAGUCUUCAACACAGAAGCCCACGCCUUCCCCACCUUCGAAUUGGGCAAACUGUUCAAAACUGGCUGGAAGCGCAAGCCCAAAGACUCCAACGGUCAGAUCGUGGAGACGGCCGCCGCUGCAGCACGUGACUCGAUCACAGGCGAUAUCAAGGAAGGUGCCAAAGAAGUCGUCAAAGAAGCUGUGGCCAAGGUGAAGACGGUCAUGGUGGAGGGAGCGACUAAGACGCCUUCCGUUGCUGAAAAGGUUGUCGAGGGGGUUGAUAAGGUUGCGGCGUAGGGUGUGGAUUGCGUGUUAGGCUUUUUGCAGUGGUUUGGAUGUUUGAGUGCUGUGGGAGGGCGGUCUGCAUAGCGUGUUCGUUGGAAAAAGCAUUCAUCCAUUCAUUUUCAUUGUUCUGUUGGUUUGGUGGUGGUGUUUUGUUUGGGCGUGGG